CGUAGAUUCCGCUUUAAAGAACCAUCCAACCAAGGACGGUUCUACAGUGUUACUGUCAUAUUUAGCAGAGCUAGUUAAAUCCGAUCUCUUCAUAUCAGUUAACCUUUUCAAGAACCAAUCCAGUUUAUUCUAACCAAUUCCUAUCCUUUGUCUUUCUUCUUCAGAUCAUGGCUGAGGCAGUUGGUGGUGCGUUUCUCUCUGCUUUCCUUGAUGUCGUGUUCGACAAGCUUGCUACCGAUGAGGUUGUUGACUUCAUCCGUGGAAAGAAGGUUGACCUCAAUUUGCUUGAGAACUUGAAGAGCACUCUGAGAGUGGUUGGAGCUGUGCUUGAUGAUGCUGAGAAGAAACAAACCAAACUCUCCAGUGUCAACCAGUGGCUCAUUCAGCUCAAGGAUGUUCUCUACGAGGCCGAUGACAUGCUGGAUGAAAUUUCAACCAAAGCUGCAACUCAAAAGAAGGUAAGUAAAGUGUUUUCUCGAUUUACUGAUAGGAAAAUGGCCAGUAAGUUGGAAAAAGUAGUUGGCAAUUUGGAUAAAGUUUUAAGAGGCAUGGAGGGUCUUCCUUUGCAAGUGAUGGCAGGGGAGAGCAACGAGCCAUGGAAUGCCCAGCCAACAACAUCUCUGGAAGAUGGAUAUGAUAUGUAUGGUAGGGAUACAGACAAGGAGGCCAUAAUGGAGUUGGUAAAGGAUAGCAGUGAUGGCGUACAAGUGUCUGUUAUCGCUAUUGUAGGCAUGGGUGGGGUUGGAAAAACCACUCUAGCCCGAUCUGUGUUCAACGAUGGCAAUUUGAAGCAAAUGUUUGAUUUAAAUGCAUGGGUUUGUGUUUCUGAUCAAUUUGAUAUUGUGAAGGUCACAAAAACUAUGAUAGAGCAAAUUACGCAAAAGUCUUGUAAAUUGGAUGAUCUAAACUUACUUCAACUUGAAUUGAUGGACAAGCUAAAAGAUAAAAAAUUCUUAAUUGUCUUGGAUGAUGUAUGGAUCGAGGAUUAUGAUAAUUGGAGUAAUCUUAUAAAACCAUUUCUAAAUGGGACAAGGGGAAGUAAAAUUCUCUUGACAACUCGCAAUGAAAAUGUAGCGAAUGUAGUACCUUACCAUAUUGUUCAAGUUUAUCCUCUAAAUAAAUUGUCAAAUGAAGAUUGUUGGCUAGUGUUUGCAAACCACGCAUUUCCUCCGUCAGAAUCAAGUGGCGAGGAUAAAAGAGCUUUAGAAAAAAUUGGAAGGGAGAUUAUUAAAAAGUGUAAUGGAUUGCCUUUAGCAGCACGGUCACUCGGGGGUAUGCUGAGAAGAAAACAUGCUAUUAGGGAUUGGAAUAAUAUACUUGAAAGUGACAUUUGGGAACUUCCUGAAAGUCAUCGUAAAAUUAUUCCAGCUUUGAGAAUCAGUUAUCAUUAUCUCCCUCCACGUCUGAAACGAUGCUUUGUUUAUUGUUCAUUAUACCCCAAAGAUUAUGAAUUUCAAAAAAAUGAAUUGAUCUUGUUGUGGAUGGCUGAAGAUCUUUUGAAGUUUCCAAACAAAGGAAAGGCGUUAAAAGUUGGUUACGAGUAUUUUGAUGAUUUAGUUUCGAGAUCAUUUUUUCAACGUUCAAGUAAUCAAACUUGGGGCAAUUAUUUUGUAAUGCAUGACCUCGUGCAUGAUCUAGCAUUAUCCCUUGGUGGAGAAUUCUAUUUCAGAUCAGAAGAACUUGGAAAAGAAACCAAGAUUGGUAUGAAGACUCGUCAUUUGUCAGUUACAAAGUUCAGUGAUCCAAUCUCAGACAUUGAAGUUUUUGACAAACUACAAUUUUUGAGAACUUUCUUGGCAAUUGAUUUUAAAGAUUCUCCGUUCAACAAGGAAAAGGCACCAGGUAUUGUAGUGUCGAAGCUUAAGGGCUUGAGAGUCUUAUCAUUUUGUGACUUUGCAAGUCUGGAUGUUUUGCCUGAUUCAAUAGGUAAAUUGAUCCAUUUGCGUUAUUUAAAUCUGUCUUCUACAAGAAUAAAAACACUGCCGGAGUCAUUGUGUAAUUUGUACAAUCUACAAACUCUGGUGUUGUCUCAUUGUGGAGUGUUGACCAGGUUGCCUACUGACAUGCAAAAUCUUGUCAACUUGUGUCAUCUUCAUAUUAAUGGUACUCAUAUACAAGAGAUGCCUAGAGGCAUGGGAAUGUUCAGUCAUUUGCAACAUUUGGAUUUCUUUAUUGUGGGUAAGCACAAAGAGAACGGAAUCAAAGAACUGGGGACACUUUCAAAUCUUCAUGGUUCACUUUCUAUUAGUAAUUUGGAGAAUGUAACCAGAAGCAAUGAAGCAUUGGAGGCUAGGAUGAUGGAUAAGAAGAACAUUAAUGAUUUAUCGUUGGAAUGGUGGUCUAAUGGCACCGACUUCCAAAUUGAAUUUCAUGUACUGUGCAAAUUAAAACCUCACCAAGGCCUGGAAUCUCUAACAAUAUGGGGUUAUAAUGGAACCAUACUUCCAGAUUGGGUGGGAAAUUUUUCCUACCACAAGAUGACAACUCUAUGUUUAAGUUAUUGUGAAAACUGUUGUGUGCUUCCUUCACUUGGGCAACUACCGUCUCUUAAGAAGCUCUAUAUUUCAAGAUUGAAUUCAGUGAAGAAGGUUGAUGCAGGGUUUUACAAAAUUGAAGAUUGUCCUUCUGUGACACCCUUUUCCUCCCUUGAAUAUCUAGAGAUUAGUUUCAUGUGUUGCUGGGAGUUGUGGAGUUUCCCUGAGUCAGACGCCUUUCCUCUACUCAAGUCUCUUACAAUAGCGUAUUGCCCCAAACUAAGGGGAGAUUUGCCAAAUCACCUUCCUGCUCUGGAAACACUUGAGAUUAGAAAUUGCGAGCUUCUUGUCUCUUCUCUCCCAAGGGCUCCCAUCCUUAAGAGAUUAGAGAUAUGUAAAAGCAAUAAUGUAUCGUUGCAUGUGUUUCCACUUUUGUUGGAAUCGAUAGAAGUAGAAGGAAGCCCAAUGGUGGAGUCCAUGAUCGAGGCCAUCACCAUCAUCGAGCCAACUUGCCUCCAACAUUUAAAAUUGCGUGAUUAUUCGUCAGCCAUAUCUUUUCCGGGUGGUCGUCUACCUGCAUCUCUGAAGGCUCUGCAUAUCAGAAAUCUUAAAAAUCUGGAAUUCCCGACACAACACAAACAUGAGUUACUGGAAACACUGUUACUAUAUAAUAGUUGUGAUUCUCUCAUGUCCCUUCCAUUGGUUACCUUUCCAAAUCUUAAAAAGCUCCGAAUUGAAAACUGCAAAAGUAUGGAAUCUCUUUUUGGUUUCAGGGUCAGAGUCAUUUAAGAGUCUGAAUUAUUUUGAAAUUUACAAAUGCCCCAAUUUUGUAUCAUUGUCGGGAGAAGGAUUGCAUACACCAAACUUGAGUUUUCUCGAAGUUAUGGGCUGUGACAAGUUGAAGUUGUUGCCUGAUGAGAUGAUUACUCUUCUCCCAAAGUUAGAAUAUCUUGGCAUAUCCAACUGCCCAGAAAUUGAGUCGUUUCCAGAAGGGGGGAUUGAACAUUGGCUGCGGAGAUGAAUUCAACUUUGAACAAGAUCUAAAUGGAACUUCUGAUUUAAUUGACAUGAUACUGAUGCUUUCUAAACACCUGAAUUAUUAACUGAAAAGCUUUUCAUUGCAUACAAUGGAGAGGAUGAAAAGCCAUAUCAGGAAAACUACAUAGGACAAUCUCAGAUCUUUCGAUAAGGCAUGCAGUCUUCCUAGGAAAUUGUAAUAUACUGCUCCCUAGGCAGGUCAUCACUUUUAUGUUUGGUGCAAAGAUGGAUAUAUAUAGGUGGGGCACUUCUGAAAGGUUUAUCCCAAUAAGUACAGUGCACUGAAUGGGAAAGAACUGGAAGAAAGGAAAUCUUUAAUUCAAAGCUUUUGAUGCAAAACAUAAGAGGGGAGGUGGUGGUUUCAUCAGUGUGGUGGAAGGUUACUAUGAUGUUCUCAGAGAUCAAACAUUCAGAACAGAAGUUUGAGCACCUUAGCGGUACAUGCUUUCAUUGUAUGAAAUGAGUUCUGGCAAGAGAUUUUGAAAUCAAAAGAACUUGAAAGUUUGAAGGAAGAAUGACGUCUGAUGGGUAAGGAUGCAAAACUUCUAACCAGCUGAACAUUUCAACAUUGUACAUUUUUAUGGUAGCAAAAUAGAUGGAGACUGAAUCUCAUAUAUAUGGAAUGUGUCCAUCCUACUUCAAUUGAGAAAUACAUUAAUGCACUGAUGCUUUAACACAUUCUCUUCAUGGUUGAAUACAAUCAGACUUCUGCAAUGAAAAAAAUACAUCUCUGCAUAUUCUGUCUUUCUCCCAAAUAUUUCUAUCAAAAACUUCUCUUGCCAUUUUCUCCUUGCCG